AUGCCCACUUAUAUCCACGAACCCCCCUAUACCCUCCUCCUCACCUACCUCUCCUCACACCUCCCGCGCUCCGGCCCGCUUUUUCGACGCAUCCAACACCAUAUCAACUCUCCCUCUCCCUCAUCGACUGCACGAGUUCUUGCUUCAUUCUCUGAAGAAGAGAAUCUAAUACCAGAUUCUGGUGCGAAGCAGCCAUGGAUCAUAGCCUACACAGACAUCCACCGAGGCCCCGACACACAGGUGUGGGUAUUCUCAAGCCUGGAGUCCAAGCCAAAGCAUGCAAUUACAGAACCAGAAAGGCGAAUCGCAAAGUCCCAGCUCUUGAGUUUCUUUACAUUCAUCCGGACACAUCUUGUGCCCCCGUAUCUGGACUGGGUAUCAUCUACCCAGCCAGUGCACAAGACAGAGGUUGAAGAGACAGGCGUGAAGAAGAUCCCUCCGCACCCGCUUCCUUCUGUUCUACUUGGAUCUGUGCAUGAGCUUGUUAUAGGCCUGAUUGUUGAGCUUGCCGGCGAAGAAAAGAGAUUGCGCAUCCACCGCGGCCAGAACGUCUUUUAUGCCAAGUACUGCUUCCCCUCCAGCUCCUUCGAGCAUGAAGAUGUCUACACCAAGCAGCUAGAGGAGUUGGGAUACACCUUCACGGACUCGAUAGGGAGGUACGGAAUCACUGAAAGGCACAUCCCGCUGGUGAAGUCGCGCACGAAUAUCCCGCGGUCAACGGAAGCGUUGCUGGCUAUGGGUGGAGUGGCGUUGUUUCACUCCUCUCCAUCUCCUUCUCGCCCACACGAGGGCCCGGUUAAGCAAAGUGUCCAGGAUGCCGAAGAGAUGCCGAUAGCAUGGGCCUUCCUUGGCUUUGACGGGAGUUUGAGCAGUCUACACGUCGAGCCUGAGCAUCGCGGGAGGGGGCUUGCGGUUGCUGUGGGGAGGGAAGUUAUGAAACGGGGGGUUAACGUUUUUGGACCCUCAUACACAUUUCUAGAUUUGCAUUCCCGACCCCAUAGCAAUAGCAACGGCAAUUCGAGCGCAGACUUGGACUCUAAGGGGGAUAGAGCUGCCAGUGAGGUUAGGCUUACGUCAGCAUUGGAUGGAUCUACAGGGGCAGCUCCAGAGCUACCAGUAAGGCUCAGCCAGAAGAUCGAGGAGGAAUGGUUCUUCGCCGACGUGGCAGUGGGGAAUACAGCUAGUCGGCGCGUGAUGGAGAAAAUGGGGGGUAAGGCGCUGUGGGACGUUGCGUGGAUAGUGGUGGAAGUGGAGGUGGAUAACUGA